CCAUCAGGGUGAACACACUUUCCGAAAAUCAUGCAACAGGUGUCAAACAUUUUCGAUGCUUCUCAUCAUCACGUUAACAUCAUCCUUCACAACAAAACCAAUCACCAUUGAUACAAGAUUCUUUCCUCACAUCUAUACAUUUUAAAUCUUUAAAAAAGCCCCAAUUUUUAUCCACCCAUAUGGGUUAAAAAUUCAAGAAUCCUAUCAAACCUGCUUUUGAUUAUUUACCCUUUGGUGGGUUAUUUGCAAGAAUCACUUUCAAGAAAGUCAGCAUAUAAUAAAGGUGUCACCCUUUUGGAUCUAGAUUAAAAAAAUGUAUAGAUAGACAUACAGUUGUUAAAUUAUGGUUGGGGAAAUAAUAUUAAUUGCGUAUUAAUAGCUGUCACUCAUAGUUCUUGUUCUUGUUAUUCUUAUUUUUUCUAGGACAGUUGUGGGAUCUGAAUUCUUAUGGAUUGAACAUUCAAGAAUAUUAAUUUUCUUGCCCCCUUUUCUUCCAAGACACAUUUUGGGGGAUUGGCUUGAUUUUGGAGUGAUGAUUGAAAACUGAAAUCUGGGUCUUGUUAUAAUUUGGAUUAGGGGAAAAGGGUAUUGUUUGAUUGGGUGAAUAAUGGGAUCUCAUCAGCAUCAUGAUCUUGUGCCAUUAGCUGCAUUGAUCAGUAGAGAAAUGAAAAGUGAGAAGAUGGAGAAACCGACUGUUCGGUACGGCUAUGCGGCUCAAUCGAGGAAAGGUGAAGAUUAUUUCAUGAUGAAAACCGAUUGUGCACGGGUUCCUGGUCAACAAUCGACAAGUUUUUCAGUUUUCGCGGUAUUUGAUGGUCAUAAUGGGAAUGCUGCAGCAUUAUAUUCAAGGGAUAAUCUUUUAAACCAUAUUUUGAGCGCGAUUCCUCGUGGUCUCGGACGUGAAGAGUGGCUUCAGGCGUUACCUAGGGCUUUAGUUGCCGGUUUUGUCAAGACCGAUAAGGAGUUCCAGAGCAAAGGUCAAACUUCAGGAACGACUGCAACCUUUGUAAUCGUUGAUAGAUGGACAGUAACGGUUGCAUCGGUUGGGGAUUCCCGUUGCAUUCUGGAUACACAAGGUGGCGGUGUGUCUGUUUUGACCGUUGAUCAUAGACUUGAAGAGAAUCAAGAGGAACGAGAACGCGUAAAGGCUAGUGGCGGGGAAGUCGGGCGGCUCAGUAUCUUGGGCGGUGCUGAGAUCGGUCCCCUUCGUUGUUGGCCAGGAGGUUUAUGUCUUUCUAGAUCGAUCGGGGACAUGGAUGUCGGAGAAUUUAUAGUUCCCAUACCAUAUGUAAAGCAAGUCAAGUUAUCGAAUGCGGGUGGAAGGCUUAUAAUAGCUUCCGAUGGCAUUUGGGAUGCCGUGCCAUCGGAGAUGGCUGCAAAGUCUUGUCGGGGUUUGCCUGCUGAACUUGCUGCUAGGCAAGUUGUGAAGGAAGCAUUAAGGACAAGGGGAUUGAGGGAUGAUACAACCUGCAUAGUUGUGGACAUAAUUCCUCCGGACAACGCAAUGCCGCCAGCAUCCCCACCGCGUAAAAAGCAAAGCAAGCUCAAAGCUUUCUUUCUCAGAGCAAAGUCUCUUGGUUCUACUAGUAAAAUGUCAAAGAAACUGUCUGCUGUAGGCAUUGUUGAAGAACUUUUUGAAGAAGGUUCAGCCAUGCUUGCCGAAAGAUUGGGGAAUGAUGAGACGGGCGGUUCAUCAACAUCGGGUCUUUUCAUUUGUGGUAUCUGUCAAGUUGACAUCGCAGCAAGUGAAGGCAUAUCGGUUCAUGCUGGUUCCAUCUUUUCAACAAGCUCAAAGCCUUGGCAAGGUCCUUUUCUCUGUGCGGAUUGUCGUAAUAAGAAAGAUGCAAUGGAAGGAAAACGACCAAGUGGAGUCAAAGUCACCUAACACCCAUGUUUCUUUCCCUCCAUUAGUUUAACCUCCAAUUUAGUAACUAAACUAAAGUAAACGGUCCGUUUGAAUCCAGAGUUGGCAUGUAUAUGUGGUAGUUACAAAUAAUGAGUUGUAGCGUCUGAUAUGAUGAGAAUUAAUGUAGUAGGUGUUGACUUGAGAGUGCUUAUUAUUUGGUAAACUUGUUGAUAUGAGUUUUGUAGUUGAGAAUAAAUAAGUUAGGACUGAUAAUCUCUAUGCUC